CAGACAUGCGCCCGCGCGCCCUCCCCGCCGCCCACGCCGCCCCCGCCGCCCCCGCCGCGCGCCUGCUGCUGCUCGCCCUCGUCUUUGCCGCGGGGUGCGGCGGCAACCCGGACGCUAAGCGGCUCUACGACGACUUGCUCAGCAAUUACAACAAGUUGGUGCGGCCCGUGCUCAAUGUCAGCGACGCUCUCACCGUGCGCAUCAAGCUUAAACUCAGCCAGCUCAUCGACGUGAACCUCAAGAACCAGAUUAUGACUACCAAUCUGUGGGUAGAACAGAGUUGGUACGAUUACAAGUUGUCGUGGGAACCACGCGAGUAUGGCGGCGUUGAGAUGCUGCACGUACCCUCCGACCACAUAUGGCGCCCCGAUAUCGUGCUCUACAAUAACGCCGACGGCAACUUUGAGGUGACGCUGGCGACGAAGGCGACGCUCAACUACACGGGCCGCGUCGAGUGGCGCCCGCCCGCCAUUUACAAAUCGUCUUGCGAAAUCGACGUCGAGUAUUUCCCCUUCGACCAACAGACGUGCGUUAUGAAGUUUGGUUCGUGGACCUACGAUGGUUUUCAGGUGGACUUGCGACACAUCGACGAGGCUCGCGGCACUAACGUUGUGGAGCUAGGCGUCGAUCUCUCGGAGUUCUACACAUCUGUCGAGUGGGACAUCCUCGAGGUGCCCGCGAUCAGGAACGAGAAGUUCUACACUUGCUGCGAUGAGCCAUAUCUAGAUAUAACUUUCAACAUCACGAUGCGACGCAAAACGCUUUUUUACACGGUGAAUUUAAUAAUUCCCUGUAUGGGGAUUUCCUUCCUUACCGUGCUUGUUUUCUACCUACCCUCCGACAGCGGCGAAAAGGUGUCGCUGUCGAUCUCGAUCCUGCUAUCGCUGACCGUGUUCUUCCUGCUUCUGGCCGAGAUCAUUCCGCCCACUUCGUUAGUGGUACCACUACUCGGAAAAUUUGUGCUCUUCACCAUGAUUCUUGACACAUUCAGCAUCUGCGUGACUGUAGUCGUGCUGAACGUCCACUUUCGGUCGCCGCAGACACACACGAUGGCGCCAUGGGUGCGUCGAGUCUUUAUUCACGUGUUGCCACGACUUCUGGUCAUGCGGCGUCCGCAUUACCGCCCCGAUCCUCAUCAGAGUCGUUUUGCGGGACUGGUGACUAGUGAGGCGCUGCACUGGGAUGAAACGACGGGCUUGGCUGGCGCGACUGACGGUGUGUGGACGGGCGGGGAAUGCGAGCUUCCUCAGGCCGCACCACCGCCGCCCGCUGGUGCACCGCCCAUCUGCCGCUUGCACGACGCGGGCGCGCUAUGUGACGCGCUUCGUCGUUGGCACCGGUGUCCUGAGCUGCACAAGGCCAUUGAUGGUAUCAACUACAUCGCCGAACAAACGCGCAAAGAGGAGGAAUCUACUCGCGUGAAAGAGGACUGGAAAUACGUAGCGAUGGUUUUGGAUCGUCUGUUCCUGUGGAUCUUCACUCUGGCCGUGGUGGUCGGUUCGGCUGGCAUCAUCUUACAGGCACCGACGUUAUACGAUGAUAGAGCGCCCAUCGAUGUGCGCCUCUCGGAGAUUGCCUAUGCCACCGCUAAGCCGCGACCCCCACCGCCGCCGCCACCGCGCUGACCGCUGUCGCCCUUUCAGCCCGCGCGCUCCCGCGCCCCUUCCGCUCUGCGUCGUGCCAUUCACUGCCACUCUUCCAGCGAUGGAAACUACCUGAUAGCAAAUUACACGAGUGAAAUAAUUCAGUAUGUGUAGCCAGAAGUGCGGGGUGCGCGGCGAAAACUUUUUAAUAAUAUCACGAUAUCAUAACGACGCCAGACAUUAGGCGGUUCGUCUGUCCUAGUAAUAAUAUUACAUGUAACUUAUAAAAUAAUUAUAUUAAAACCUAUUGUAAAUAUGAAAUUAAAUAAAUUAUUAUUAU